AUGUGGCAUCCUGCCCUCCUUAAAACACUUCUUAAGCUUGAAUUUCCACCACCACUACUAAGAUGGAUUUUUUCAUGGUUAAACGGUAGAACAAUGUCCAUUCAUGUCGGAAAUGCAGUUUCGCGUGUUAUUAACUUAUUCGUUGGUACUCCUCAAGGUUCUGUUUUGGCAGCUGCUCUUUUUCGCUUACACGUUCAUUUCCUUCCCUCACAUGUCAUGAAUUUAGUAUGCCAUCUGUUUGCGGAUGACCUUGCUAUCAUUAUCUCUGGUGCACUUGAGAAUACAUUUUCCAGAAAUAUUGCUGAACUUGAAAGACAAGCUGAGAUUGCAAUGAGAAUUCUAGCAAAAUAUGCCGACGAUAACAUACUUCCUGUCAAUAUAAACAAAACAAAAGCACUGCUAGUAGACGAUGUUGUAGCACCACCAUAUCCUAAAAUAAAAUAUAAAGAUUUAUCAAUCGAAUUUGUAAAACGUUUCAAAUAUCUAGGAGUCGACAUAACAACAAAACUAGGAUGGGGUAUCUAUAUAUUAAAACGUCUUCAAAUAAUUAGAAAAAUAUAUCAUGCCCUACGCAUUAUAUUUAAUAAAAUACCUAUAUCUUUAAUACAUAUAGGAAGAAAAUUAUUUUUUGCCUAUGCGCUUCCGCAUAUAAUUUGGUUAUUCUCGUGCUGGUUUUUCUAUACCGAAAACCAACAAACAUUAAUUGAACAUGUUUACUGUACAGGGCUCCGUAUAACACACAAUUUGAAGCGUUGAGAGGACCUAACUGUCUACACUUUAAGUAAAGAAUACACAAUAAAUGACUAUUUAUAUAAAUAUUGGUUAAAGUUUAACAAACACCUUGAGACAUCAGCGGAGGCUCACCAAUAUCAACUUACUUUUACUGCAUAUCUAGCAUCGAAAACCCCACAAAAAUGCUGGUAUCUGUCCAUGGGUAUGCGAAAAAAUAGCAAAUUUUUGAAUAGAUUAUCUGAAAGAGCUCAACAUUCGAAAAUAGAUAUGAUAAACUUUUUAACGAUUCACGCUCAACAAUAUGGGUACUUCAAACAUUCAUCUUUCCCUAUACAUAUCUUCAUCUAUAAAUAUCUGAUGCAGGAUACAACAAUUGUUACAUUGUAAAUCGAAACUUAAAUAUAUAAAUAUUAACUGUAAUACUACACAUGUAAUUUUUUUUCCCAACCGAACACACAUAUAUAUACGGGGUGGCCCAAAAGUAAGGAAAAAUAAAUGCGAAAACCUCGGAUUUAAAUCCGAGUGUUAUGUGUACUUCAAAAAGUGAAAAGGUACAUUCACUGUGCUUUUUAUCACUAAAUUGCAAGGAGAAAAUACAGACGGGCUAA